AUGGUCUCCUUCAAAUCUCUCCUAGUUCUCUGUUGCGCUGCCCUUGGGGCAUUCGCUACGCCCGUCGGGUCUGAAGACCUCGCCGCACGCGAGGCAAGCCUGCUCGAACGUUCUACCCCUAGCUCCACCGGCUGGAGCAACGGCUACUACUACUCCUUCUGGACUGACGGUGGCGGCGAUGUGACCUACACCAAUGGUGCCGGCGGCUCAUACACAGUGCAGUGGAGCAACGUCGGAAACUUCGUUGGUGGAAAAGGAUGGAACCCCGGGAGCACAAGAACCAUCAACUACGGCGGAAGCUUCAACCCCAGCGGCAACGGCUACCUCGCCGUAUACGGGUGGACACAGAACCCGCUGAUCGAGUACUACAUCGUCGAGUCAUACGGUACGUAUAAUCCCGGCAGUGGCGGCCAGCACCGGGGCACCGUGUACUCUGAUGGCGCAACGUACGACAUCUACACCGCGACCCGGUACAAUGCACCGUCCAUCGAAGGCACCGCUACCUUCGAGCAGUUCUGGUCUGUCCGCCAGUCAAAGCGGACGGGCGGGACUGUGACUACGGCCAACCAUUUCAAUGCUUGGGCGGCCCUGGGGAUGAGGCUGGGCACCCAUAACUAUCAGAUUGUUGCAACGGAGGGGUACCAGAGUAGUGGGUCGGCUUCUAUUACUGUUUACUAG